AUGGGUAUACGGCUGUUGCUGCAACCCUUGCUGACGAUACUGGUGCUGCUCCCCAUUCUUAGCCCCGGCCUUUUCAGCGGACGGUGGUACACAUGCUUCUUCGACUCGAAUAAGUUUAGCCAGGGAAAUGGAUACGUCUUCAGCAGACUCCUUGUCAUUGCUUCCGCAAUCCAGCUGGUGUUUCCGCUGUUUGACCAAUCGCUGCAUAUGCUGGUUACGCCAAAUGCCUCAUCAGUGGCGAGUGUGCUGACGCCAAGGCCUGCGGGUCCAAUUCAAGUGGCUUUGCUGCAGAUGACUGUCUUCUUAGCUAUGAGGGACCCUACCUUCGUUACGGCAUGUAUUGCCUGCUUUGUGGCCGUAAUCCUCUCGUUCGCUUUUCUGUUCCUUCCGGAGCAGAGAGACGCUGGCUUGCUUGUCACAGCCGUGACCUCCUUCAUGUUCGUGGCAUUUACGUCAAGAGCUUUCUACACACGGACGUUGGAGGUGAAUAGACGCCGGUUGUUUUGUAAAUAUGUACUGCCGUAUAUCAUGUACUUGGAAGAAGUGGCAUUGGUUUUAUACGCGGGCAGCCGAGGAGAUGAGGGAGACAGCGAUUCGAGUGGUUCCUUUGCCUCUGUAGGCGGUCUGCUCCAACAGCCCUCCUCUCACCCAUCUCUGAGGCUCAACCCCAACGCCACCAAAUCUUUUGGGGCCUGGAAGGCCCCUUCCCCGUACGGGGGAGCCCCAAGGAGAGGCACGCACGGGGACAGAAAGGAAGGCGUCUCGAUUAAUUCUGACGUCAGAGCCCUGCACAAGGAACGGGACUUAGGCCCCCCGUGCUUACCCGCCACUGCCAACUGCUUUGGGAAGCGCCCCUUAUUACAAAUGACCCGCCAUAGGUUUGAUGGCUUCUUGGCUGUAGCAUACUUUGAGGACCUGGAUCGAUACACCGUACAAGGACCCAUCGCGUGUGCCCAUACACUACAGUGCUCCAACGAAAUAAGACUACUCGCAGCAGUUAGUAGAUGCGUUGCAGCUGGCUGUAACGUUCCCUCCGUCAUGUCGGUAAGAGCACUCUUUUCGCCCCAAAUUCAAGACAAAAACUUGAUAACAGCUUUUGGUGGCCCUUCGAAAGAGCCUUCUUCUCUCGGUGUUCUCACCCCAUAG